UUUCUCUCUCUAUCUCGCCCACCGCCAACGCUAGGCCGCAGCCUUCUCCCUGUCUCUCUACCUUUCCUAUUCCUAUAGCUUGCUUCUUAUAGUGCUUCCACUGUUUCUCUUCGCUUUCACUUUCUUUCCCCUUUUUCUCAGAAAGAUAAGUAAACGAUGUCGUUCAAUCGGGGUGAUCAACAGUACUACACGGUGGAUGACGAUGACCUGGUGGAUAGUAUGGAUGGAAUUGAUGAGGAAUCCCAUGCUGCUGAUGAUGCUAAUCUUGAUGAGUAUGAGAUGAUGAUGAAAGUGACAGAUACAUCUUCCUCACAAGCAAGGGAAGGAAAAGACAUACAGGGUAUUCCAUGGGAUAUAUUAAAUAUUACCAGAGAAAGCUACCGAUUGACUCGUCUUGAGCAGUACAGAAAUUAUGAAAAUAUACCUUCAUCCACUGAAGCUGCUGAUAGGGAGGGCAAUCCAACAGAUAAAGGAGGUAGAUACUAUGAAUUCUUUCAUAAUACAAGACUUGUCAAGCCUACGGUCCUGCAUUUUCAGUUGAGGAACUUAGUCUGGGCUACAUCAAAACAUGAUGUUUAUAUGGUUUCAAACUAUUCGGUUAUGCACUGGUCGUCAUUACUCCAGAAUUUGACUGAAGUACUAAACUUCUCUGGGAAUAUUGUGCCGACAGAGAAAUAUCCAGGGACCUUGCUGGAAGGAUUUACACGAACACAGUUGAGCACACUGGCCGUGAAAGAUCAUUUUUUGGUGGCAGGUGGCUUUCAUGGAGAACUUGUCUGCAAGUCCUUGGAUAAACUGGGCGUAAGCUUUUGCACAAGGACUACACAUCAAGAGAAUUCUAUCAUUAAUGCCAUUGAUAUAUAUGACAGCUCAAGCGGAUUACAUUUCAUGACGUCCAAUAACGAUUGUGGUGUAAGAGAAUACGACAUGGAGAGGUUUCAGCUCCUUAACCACUUCCACUUCCCUUGGGCAGUCAAUCAUACAUCAAUGAGCCCUGAUGGAAAGCUUCUAGCUGUCGUUGGAGAUGAUUGCGAUGGAUUACUUGUAGAUGGCCGAAAUGGAAGGAAAGUAGCUUCUGUAGCCGGUCAUCUAGACUACUCAUUUGCCUCUGCUUGGCACCCGGAUGGGAGGAUAUUCGCCACAGGGAAUCAAGACAAGACGUGCAGAGUGUGGGAUGUGAGAAAAUUGGCAUCUCCAGUUGCAACUCUCAAUGGAAACAUUGGUGCAAUCAGAUCAAUACGUUUCUCAGCAAACGGACAGUUUCUGGUGAUGGCUGAACCGGCAGAUUUUGUGCAUAUAUACGGCACUAGAGAAAACUUUGAGCAAAGGCAAGAGUUGGAUUUCUUUGGGGAGAUAACCGGUGUGUCUCUGAGUCCAGACGACGAGUCCAUCUUUGUAGGAAUCUGGGACAGGACGUACGCGAGCUUGCUGCAGUUCAACAGAAGGCACACCUAUGAAUAUCUUGAUUCCCUUACGUAAGUUGCGCUCCCUACAUGCUACCGACGAACACAUGACAGGUUAGAAACAUCGUUAUUGCCUGCUCUAGGCUAGUAUGAUACGGUAACGUGUACAGUUUUUAACAUGCUUUUGAAAAAAAGAAAGCUUUCUCUAUCUUGAAAUGUAAAGAAAUUUCUGUCUGGGCAGUUAGCUGAAACUAAUUGGCUUUGUACAGAGACGAUUUUGGUGAAAUAUUUGGACUGGUUGUUUUGAUUGAUGUA